CGGUGGCGUUAUUUGAAAAAAAAAAUCGUAAAAAGAAAACAAAAAAAACCAGGGGCUGGGAAAAGAGGGGAGGGUCUCCUCGUUCUACCCCCUUUCUCUGCGCCCUUUAUGAUCGCCGAUUCGGUGGAGGCGAGGGUUUAUUCAGAUCGGUCGAAUUCGCUCUCUUCUGCAUCUUCUUCUCCGAAUUGCGAUUAAUAAGCCGGUAAUUGGAAAAGAAAGCGAUCAUGGCGUGUAAUGGAUUCUUUGAAUGCCUGUUGAAGCUCCUCAACUUCGUUCUAACGAUCACCGGAUUGGCGAUGGUGGGGUACGGUGUGUACUUGUUGGUUGAAUGGACCAAGAUCUCCUCCGGUGGUGAUGGUAAUCACGAGCUCUUGAAUCUCGGCCGACCGAUGCUCGCCGCUGUCGUGUCGUCGUGGGAUGAUAUUGUUGAGAAGCUCCCCAAAGCUUGGUUCAUCUAUUUGUUCAUUGGGGUGGGAGCUAUUAUCUUCAUCAUAUCAUUUUUUGGCUGUACUGGAGCAGUAACAAGGAAUGGGUGCUGCUUAUCAUGUUACUCUUUCUUGGUGAUCUUGUUGAUCCUAGUUGAGCUUGGUGCUGCGGCAUUCAUUUACUUUGACCACAGCUGGAAAGAUCUGAUUCCAGAUGAUAAAACAGGGAACUUCAACAGGAUAUAUGGCUUUCUGAAGGACAACUGGAAGAUAGCAAAGUGGGUUGCUCUAGGAGCUGUUAUUUUAGAGGCACUGGCUUUCUUGCUAGCUCUUGUAGUCAGAGCUGUAAAUAAACCUACUGACUAUGACAGCGAUGAUGAAUACCUAGUCCCGAGAUCUAGCGUACGACAGCCAUUGAUUCACAGGCAAAGCAUUCCUGCCACUGGAGUUCCUGCCCCAACUCUUGAUCAACACCCAAGCAGGACUGAUGCUUGGAGCCAAAGGAUGAGGGAGAAGUAUGGCCUAGAUACCUCAAUGUUCACAUACAACCCGUCGGACCAAAGCAGGUACCAACAGUCCGCAGCACCUCAGACGGAAGAGCGCGGCCGCUGUACCAUACUGUGAAACUCUUUUUCACCGCCCCUGAGUUGAUUUCGAUGAACAAUGUUUGUUUAUCGCUGCUUGUGAAAUCUAUGUAUUCUGUUUAGUCACUUGGGUUUGUAGAAUAGACCGUUUGCCUAACUUUUUAAUUUUACUCUCGAUUUCUUGAAUGCCUUGCUGUGCUCGUAAUUGUUUAUUUUCCAGAAAUGUUGUUAAUUUCGCCUCGAACAGAAAUUUUGAGAAUGCUUUGAUUUUUUUCUUUU